CCUUCCUCUUUAUUUCACACAUAACUUCACUUGGCUAGCUAGCUGCUUCCAACAACAUAUAAUAUAUACCAACACCUCACUUCACUUCCCAACUCCUCUACCUCUACCUUUCCACAGUUGCAAGAAUGAAGCUAAGCCACUCUUCCAUAACUCUUCUCUCCUUAAUUUCUCUCCUCUUUCUCUCAUCAAUCUCAGCCCAAAUCUGCCAAAGAAGCUGUGGCAAACAAAUCCUCACUUUCCCAUUUGGUAGUGACCCUGGUUGUGGCGAUCCACGGCUCCAACAAUAUGUUAAUUGUGACCAACAAAAGCUCACCUUAACCACUCACACAGGUUGUUACCCUAUCACCAAAAUUGACUACACAAACCAAGUCAUAUACAUCUCAGACCCUUCUAUGUCAACCUGUUCCUGCACACAACCAAGUAAAGGCUUUGGCCUAGAUUGGGAUGCACCCUUUACUUUUCAUGAUGAUACCAUCUUUGCUUUACUAGACUGUUCAGUCAGUUCUUCACCUAUAUACACAUUGAAUGGCCUAUAUGGUGAUGGAAACAACUCCAAAGCCCCACUUUGUGAUAACCAAGGCACACCCAUUUGUAGUUAUUUAUAUUCUUGCACGCCUUUUAGUACCAUCAACCUUCCCAUCUCUACAUGUUGCAUUUAUGCUCCUGUGAAUCUUGGACCCUCGUUUGAAAUGGACUUAAAGAAGCUUCAGUGCACUUCUUAUUCUGGGCUUUACAGCUACAAUGGCCAGGAAUCCAACCCUGAAAAUUGGAACUAUGGGAUAGCACUCAAAUAUAAGUUUAAUGUGAAUAAUGAGUAUCCAAGCUCAUGUGCUCAAUGUGAGAAGAGUCAUGGAGUUUGUGGCUACACUGGACCUUACAAUUCGUUUAUCUGCAACUGUCCUAACGGGCUCAACACGUCGUUGGAUUGUUUCUUUGGGUCAUCAUUUAAUAAUGGUUUGAGGCUUCUUCCAUGGAAGAAUGGAGCUUGGUUGAUGUAUAUUUUGGCAUGGUCAUUGGUUUGGGUCUUGUUGUAGCUUGUUGAUGGGCUAACGAACUUCAGAACAAAUUGUGAAGCUGAGACUUCUCCAUGGUCAUGGAAAAAAAGGGUUUGACUUCUUCGUUUAAAGAAACAAUAAGUUUGGUCACACAAAUUUUUUUACAAUUGCUAAGGUAACAUAUUAUGGUUGGUGCAUAAUAAAAAUAUUCUCCAUAGUUUCGUUGUUGCAUCAAUCAUAACUUAUCAUCUUAACAAGUUGUGAAAAUUUAUAUUUUCAAGUGACUUCAUUUAAUAUUAAAUGUACUUUCUGCAAUUCAACGUGUAAAUGUGUAUUUUAAUUUAUCUUGAUCAAGUAUGUAAUAUGAUGCGUGAAAUUGCUUAUAUCAAUCUUUUUUAACUAUUAAUACAAUUAGACUAUGAUUUUUUAUUUA